CUUCAAAGAAUGGCGGACACCAUAAAAUGCAACGCCGUGGUAGUGGAAGGAUUUUUGGCCGGAAAAGACACGAGAAUCAUUCAAAGAAUCAGCCUAAAAGUGAACGUUCAUUCCAUAGACAGAAUGUACGACUGUUUGCAACACCAAUAUUAAUUCUAUUCGCCAUAAUACGGUCCGUUGCAGCCCAGUUAUGGCUAGUUUUAGUCGUGCUUGUGUGCAAAAGUCGUAAAUCCAUUUCGUACAAAUGUGAGAAAGCUUCGAAGAGAAAAUGUUUAGAUGAGGAAAAGGCUUUCAUGAUGUCGUAUUCAGAAUCAGGGAAGAUAAGAACUACUCUUGGGCCUGGUGAACCUUCAUUGUCGAAGCAGAAACACCACCAUAGAAAAGCUUUUGAAUAUAUUUCCAAAGCUUUGAAAAUUGAUGAAGAAGAUGCAGGCCGUAAGGAGUUAGCAAUAGAAUUCUACAGGAAAGGUAUCACUGAACUUGAAAAAGGUAUUUCGGUUGAUGUUAACGGCCAAGGAGAUGCCUGGGACCGUGCCAAACGGUUGAAAGAUAAAAUGUCAACUAACCUUGUUAUGGCCAAAGACCGCCUGGAAGUUCUGGAAAAUUUAUUGAAAGUGUCUGGCACAGAUGGCAUGGAUCGAGAAAAUUGUGACAUGAAAGGCAAACCGAUGACACCGCAACUGAAAAGAAAACAUGAUAACAGCCACAUCAUUAGCCCUAUACAUCACCCCAGUAUAUAUUCAUGUUCAUCAUCAUCAUCAUCAUUGCCUCAUCCAGUUGCAACAAAACCAUUAAAGCCAUCCAAAAAUCAAUUACUAGUGCAUAAAAGCAACACGUUACCUCGAACUAGAAGUACAUCAACUUCAACCCUGCGAGAAAGUCCUACUUUAUCACCUAAAAAACAGGUUCACAAACGACAGUUAUCACAACCUGAUAUGAAAAGCUCUCCGAAAAAAGAAAAGCAGUUACCUGCUAGUUUUAAAAACGUUGACAAAAAAUUGGCUAACCUCAUAUUAAAUGAGAUUGUUGAUUCGGGCCCACCGGUUGCAUUUAAUGAUGUUGCUGGACAACAAAUUGCUAAACAAGCCCUGCAAGAAAUUGUUAUUCUACCUUCCCUGCGACCUGAGCUUUUUACUGGAUUGAGGGCACCUGCGAGAGGAUUAUUACUCUUUGGCCCCCCAGGAAAUGGUAAAACCAUGCUGGCCAAAGCCGUAGCAAAUGAAUCAAAUGCUACAUUCUUCAAUAUUAGUGCUGCCAGUUUAACUUCCAAAUAUGUUGGAGAAGGAGAAAAAUUAGUCCGCGCCCUCUUUGCUGUCGCCAGGGAACUACAGCCUGCUGUGAUUUUUAUGGAUGAAAUCGACUCCUUACUUUGUGAAAGGAGAGAAGGAGAGAAUGAAGCUAGUCGUCGCUUAAAAACAGAAUUCCUGAUAGAAUUUGAUGGGCUUGCUUGGAUCAGCAGUGAUUUAAUCAAUCAAUCAAUAAAUAUGGAGAAAUGUAUGUUUGUCUCUACUAUUUUUGAAGAACUAAAGCUAUUAAUCACGGUGCUUUUGUUUUGUUUCAGUCGCUUUGCUAAGCGUGUUUAUGUCACAAUGCCUGAAAAUAUAACUCGAAGACAAAUGCUUGUACAUUUGUUAGCUAAACACGGUAAUCCUCUAACAAAUUUAGAAAUGGAAGGCCUUGCUAGGUUAACUGACGGAUAUUCUGGAAGUGACCUUACUGCUUUGGCACGUGAUGCUGCUUUAGGACCAAUAAGAGAACUUUCUCCAUCAGAAGUCAAGUGUUUAGAUGCCAGUAAGGUUCGGAGAAUUCAAAUGAUCGAUUUUCUGGAGUCAUUAAAAAAGAUCCGAAGGAGUGUACCACCUGAGAGUCUUGAAAAAUACGACAAAUGGAACCAACACUAUGGAGAUAUUACAACAUAAUAAUAACAAUAAUAAUAAUGAUAACUAAUAAUAAUAAUAUGUUAAUGCUGUGUGUUUUAAGUGGAAAUCUUUCUUUACUUUGCCAGAACUUUUUGGCUAAACAUUAAUUUUGCCCAACAAUUAAAACACUCUGGACACUGCCUGUUGAUAUCAAGUUAUAUAUAUAUAUAUAUAUAUAUAUAUACAUACAUACAUAUGUAUGUGUGUGUAUAUAUACAUAUAUAUACACAUGUAUGUAUGUGUAUGUAUACGUGUAUAUUAUAUGUGUGUAUGUAUGUAUGUAUAUAUAUAUAUAUAUAUAUACAUACAUACACAUGUAUGUAUGUAUGUGUGCAAUAUAUAUAUAUAUAUAAUAUAUACAUACACAUACAUGUCUGCAAACACUCAUACACUAAUAUAUCUUCUCUAUUGGAUGAACAAGUAUAUUUAUUUGCAUAUGGUUGUAUAUCAAAAAACAUUGUUUUGACAUGUACAUAUUUCGGCAUUUAGUAUACUGCAUAUGUAUGUGUGUAUGUAUGUAUGUACGUAUGUGUAAAAAUAAUUAUAUUAACUGAUUAAUAAUUAGACCUCUAAGGAGGUGCAUUAAAAAAAAGCAUGUUUGUGUGCAUGCGUAUGCAUGUGUGUAUAUCUUAUACAGUCGGCGUCAAAGAUUGUCUGAAGAGUAAAUGCCACGCAUUGCAAUUAUAUUGUUUAAAUGGAUUUCUGUUUGAUGGUUAGAUGAGUGACAAAAUGGUUAGUGUAUGUAGAAUUAUGGAGAGUUUAUGGACCAAUUAUAUAUGCAAACACUGUUUUCAUUGCAAUAAUCUAAAUGGUUAAAACUUGGUUAAAAGUCACCGGGUACCUUUUUCAUGUUUGUCUCCUUCUGAGACAAGAGAAAGGAAAUCUAACGACAGUCUUUUUAUUUUGUAUAGUUUUCUUUUUCAAGUUCAUUUCCUUCCCGCCUUUUUUUAAAUUUAUUUUUAAAAUUUUCUAAAAUUUUUUGAUUAAAAAAUUUUUUUUUCAGUUCUGGACAACUAGUCCUAAUGUAAAUACUUUUGUUAUCUUUUGUUUUUAAACUGUUUCCCCCUACCCUCCACCACAAAUUCUUGUUUCUGAAACCGAUGUUGCUGUUACAGCUGUUAUCUAAGCACCAGGCAAAAACUUUUAUUUUCUGGGAGAAAACAAAAACAAAAAAAAAAAUAAAAGAAAAAAAUAAAUAAAAGAAAAUUUUAAAAAAAAGGAGUAAAAGAAGAAACCUCAACAGAAACUAAGAGACAAACAAACAGUCACCAAUGAUUUAAAUGUGGUAAAAAAAUUUCUUUGGGGUAGGAGAAAAAAAAAGGAAAACAAAUGCUUUCUUGUAUUUUACAGUUGUUCUCGGUGGUGCAAGAAUGUUAUUUUGGCCUUUAUUAAUUUUUCUUUGAGUGUGUUGUGUGUGUGUGUGUGGGUGUGUGUGUAUAGGUAUGUUGAUGCAAGUAGGAAAAAUAGAACUAAAAACAUGAGUAUGUGUGUAUGUAUAUAUAUUUAUUAAUAUUUAGCAGAAGUAACAGAGUGACUCAAGGUCCAAGAGCUUUGUAUGUCGGUACUUACCAAAAAUUAAAAAAAAAAUAUUUCAUUUAUUUGAUAAGUGGCAGUUUACAAACUCUCAGACCGUGAGUCACACUGUUACUUCUGCUAAAUAUUAAUAUAUAUUUUAUAUAUAUAUAUAUAUAUAUAUAUAUACACACACACACACACAUGCACACAAAGUAUGUUGUGUGUGUGAGUAUGUGUGUGCAUGUGUAUGUAUGUUGAUGCAGUAUGCCAUGUUCACGUUUGCAGUAUGAAUUUGCUGGUGUUUGUGCACAUAUAUAUUGUAUAUAUGUAUGCAUGUAGUAUGUUGUGUGUGUGUGUGUGUAUGAGAUGUGUUAAACUUCAAGUCAUCCCUGAUGAAGCAGACCAAUGAUAAAGACAUUCCAGCUGUGACCAUUCCACCUUUGUAAAGGUAACUAGGACUAAACCAUCAAAGGAUGUGAUUUGGAGGAGAUUUGGCUGUUUUUUUCUCUGGUGUAAUUUGAGGGAGCUUUGGCUGUUUUGGUUCAACGAUAAAGAAAGUGGACUGUCUUGUUGUAUACAAUGUGUCGUAUGUUGCAUGUAUAUAGGUGUGUGUGUGUAUAUAUGUGUGUGUGUGUAUAUAUGUACAUGUGUGAAUAUGUAUGCAUGCAAUUAUGUGUGUUUGUAUGUAUAUAUGUAUGCCUGUAUUUAUGAGUGAGUACACAUGGAUGCAUAUAUGUAUGUGUUUCUGUGUAUGUAGAAGUAUAUGUUUGUAUGUAUGUAUGCAUGUAUGCAAAUUAAGUAUCUCAUAUUGCAUAUCAAUAUUUUCUCCUUUUGAAAGGAAAAUAUGACGAGUUUGUAAUUUAUGAUCCACAAAAAUAGGUCAGCAAUUAAAAUAUGUCAAAAGUGAUUAAUAUA